AGUGGGCGCAUCACAGCGUCUCUCUUUUGAAAGCGUGAGAUUCCCUGUCUCCCGCAUAACCGACGCGACCAUUCACUGAGCAGCACCAGCCUUAGCCUCUCCCUGCUGUCCACCUACAUUACCUUCUCAAUAUGCCUUCAAACUUACAAGGCGGGAAAGCCUUCGGGUUGCUUAAAGCUCAACAGAGGGAAAAACUGGAGGAAGUCAAUAAGGAGUUUAUGGAAGAUCAGAAGUACAGGGACGAGGAGGAUUUGGCAGAGAAGCUGGAUUCUUUUAAAAAUAAAUAUGCAGAAUUUGACCUGAACGAUCAAGGGGAAAUCGACAUGAUGGGUCUAAAGAGAAUGAUGGAAAAGUUGGGUGUGCCAAAGACUCAUCUGGAGAUGAAGAAAAUGAUCUCGGAGGUGACAGGGGGCUGUAGCGACACCAUCAACUACAGGGACUUUGUCAAAAUGAUGCUUGGCAAGCGAUCAGCUGUUCUCAAACUGGUAAUGAUGUUUGAAGAUAAAGCUAACGGAACCAGCUGUAAACCUGAAGGCCCGCCACCCAAACGUGACAUCACCAGUCUGCCAUAGAUCCCAAAGGAGUGGAGAUUUUGAUUGACAUCCCUGCAUUUGCAAAACUCGCCCAUGUAACAUUAGGGGCUAGGCCUUACCUAGAAACUUUUGCCAGGACCCAGGGAAAUCUUAGUUUGGUGAAGGACAAAAUGGAAAAGAGAAAAUGUCUAUAUAUAUAUAUUUGCUGUGAAUCAGUCAAAGCUUAAACUAGUAGCUUUUUAUAAGUCAAAAUGUAUAUAUUUAUAUGAAAAUGAUGUUUUUUGAAUAGUGUGUUCAAGCACAAAUCCUGUGAGUGAAGUCAUUGUUGAGUUUAGUGUGUAACACUGCAAGUAUGGGGUGUACAGGAUUAUACCAUUUUAAAUUGUGAGGAAAGAAUUAAGAUUUCUCUACUCCAAACCAUAGUGUGUUUUUAACCAUAGCGUGUUUUAUUAUCCCAGUACAUUUGCGUUUCCCAGUUCAGUCUAAUUCGCUUUAGCUUUCAUUAACUUGGCUUACCAUUUCUUAGUGUGACAUCAUACUGUAGAUGUGCAUGGGCUAUUUGCUUACAGUAAGAUCCAGUUAGUGCGCAGCCAUGAAACGACUCUUGAUUGGGUUGUUCUGGUGCUCCUUACUGCAGGAUUUCCUUUGUGUUUAUUCUAUUUCUUCACAGGAAGAGAAGUGGAAAACUAGAAGUUGAGAGAGGUGGCAAAGGAGGGAAGAUUAUUAGCAAGAGCAGGUUAAAUUCAUCCAACUAUAAUCGCUCGUAUAUUGUAUCUCUCCAUUUUCAUUCCUUACAUUGUUUCGUACUCUCCCUGUUGAUUGUGAGUAUGUUUUUGUGUGUCGUGGCUUGUCUGAACAGCAGUCUGUAAUGUAAGUGUUUUAUACAUGAAAUUCACAGAUACUGUAAGAACAUAUAUGCGCUGAAUCAAACACCUAUGACCUGCCUUUUUUAAAGUCUCCUACGUGAAUUGUGAAGGAUGGCAUAUGAUAGAUGUGAGACAGAGAUGAGUCUGUGAGACGGGACAGGAGACUUGCUUGUGGUCAGUGUAUAGCAUAUUAAUUUGAAAAACUGCUCUUUCCAAGUGCCUCACUCAUUUAAUGUAGUCGAGGUUUUGAGUGAAUAUUGAGUGAAGCAUCUUUGAAAAAGAUUGUGUGUGUGUGUGUGCUUUAGAUCUGUUUUUUUUAUCUUUUUUUUAAGACAUCCAGGAAUGUCUUCGUGUGAAGUCCUUGGACAUCUUAUUUUAACCCAAGCAGGCUUAACUGUUGUGCAGCUCUACUGGUAAUAUUCUGUAUUGUUUAUUUUAUAAGAGCUGAUGUGUGGAUUUUUAAUUGAGUUUUAUUUCUGACAGAGGAGGAUAAAGAAGUUACAAAUCAGCUAGCAGUAGAGGUUUGGCUUUCAAUUGUAUUCUGUAUUACUACGUGCAAAACCACUUUUCUUUUCACCUGUCACGUGAAGUUUUAUAGAUUUUAUUUUUGUGCUUUUGUUUAGUUUUGUAAUUAACAUGUUUUUAUUUUUUCUGUUUAUAUGGGCCAAGUGUGAAUCAAUGGCUGCACUGUAUUGCUUUUUUUAGAAAUGCAUUUUAAUGAUUUAUUUGAAUUAUAGUUUACUCUGCCAGGCAUUUGUAAAGUUUUUUUCAAACACCAAAGUAAACACCCUGCUGUUAUGCCUUGA